AUGGUUUUCAUCUAUUAUUGUUUGCUGGUAUGGAAAAUUCAAAUGCAAGAAUUAAUUGAUUUAGAAAGUGAAAACUAAAUUACAAGAGAGGCUUUUUCAUUCUAAAUUGAAGAUUUUUCAGAAAAUAGUUGCUUUACUUAUGGAAUAUGGUCUAAAUAUUUACCAUUAAGUGGAAUUGGAUAUGGAGGAACUUUUGAAAAUUAAGAUAGUGAUUGCUAUUAGUUACAUACAAUUACAGAAUAAAAUUCAUAGAGUCUAAAUUUAAUUUAUUACGAUUGUGUUGAUCCUAUUUCUAAAACUAUAAAAAAGAAAGUUGAGUUUAUAGGGGAUGAUGAUAUUCAUUAUGAAUUUUAAUUUUUCAUUGAUUCUUUUGAAUAUGAAAAUAUAUGGUACUAUUUUUAGAUUUUUUAAUGGCCAGUCUUAUAAAGAUUUGAUUUAAUUAUAGUUUAAUAAUCAUAAAUAAAGAUUCAUAAAAUAUUGGAAAAAUAAACACCUUUUAUAGACAUAGAUAUAUUAUUAACAUUUGGAGGAGAUAUGAAAGUAACAAAUUCUAAAAUAUCAAAUAUUAAAAUUGAUCAAAUAUUUUCAUAAUUUCCUGGUAAAAUAUUAUUACAAGAAUUUUAAAUUUAUGAAUAAGAUCCUCUUUUUGAUUUUAAAACUAUAAUUUAAGAAAAAUAUGAAAGCUUAACAAUUUGUAAUUGCAAUAGUGAUUAAAAUAUUUUAAAUAAUAUUGAUAUUGAAUAUUAAGAGAUAGAAUUUUAUGAUUCUUAAGAAUUUAAUUGUGAUUCUUUUACUUUAAUGAGUUGGAUAAAAAUAAAAGAGAUUAUUUAAAAUUCUGAUGGAUUCACGUAUACUCUUAUAAAAUUAGUAUCUAAUUUAUAGAAUGACGAUUAUUAAAAUGAUAAUUUAGCUGCAUUUUAAUUGAAAUAUAUUGUUAAUGCAGAUAUAUCUAAAAUAAUUGUUUAAACGUACAGUUACACUUUUCCUAGUCUAAGAAUAGAUUUUUCAGAAAAUCCUUUUAUAUUAUAGAAAAUAUUUGAUGUAUAAAAAUUAACAAAUUUUUGGCAUCAUAUUUUAGUUAUACUUUCAAAUAAUGAAAUGGAUGUAUAAAUAAAUAUUUUUGAUGAAUCAAUAAAUACUAAAUUAAGUACAAAAUUUUAUGUAAAAUAAUUUAUGAAUAUUAAAUUUAAAGUUUAUUAUGGUAACAUUAAAGAAAUGAAUAUAAAUUAUUUAAAAGUUGAAAUGAAGAAUUUGAUAUUUGAUAAUUGCAAUUAAUUAAUCAAUGAUUAAAUUUGUCAUUCAAGUUGUAAAGAAUGUGAUGGACCAACUGAAAAUAAUUGUUUAUCAUGUUUAGAAUCAUCAUUUAGAUUUUUAAUACCUUAAUAUAAAGUUUGUAUCUGUUAAUUUUAGACAAUAGAAUAAGAUGGAAAAUGUUAAGGAAUAAAUGAUAUAAAUGGUGAAUUAAUUAUAUUAGAAGAGAAUAAUAUUGAAUGUGAAUAAGGAUUUUUUGAAAUUGAAGGAGAAUGCUUAAAAUGGUAAUAAUAAAUUUUAUUAUUAUUUAUUAGUCCUUCUAUUGUAGAUGAAAAUGGAAUAUCUUGUCUUAAUUGUUAUUUAAAUCCUUCUGGAUGGAGUAAUAGUUUCUAAUGUUCUAAAUAAAUUAAUAUUGAUUAAACAACUUCAUAAAUAGAUACAAAAUAUUAUUCUAAUAUAUAUUCUUUUGAUGGAUAAGAAUUAAAUUAUUGUCCAUAUUGUUUAGAAGAAGAAUCAUGGGAUUUUCUAAAUAUAUACAAUUUAUAUUUAUAUCUUUUUAGAGAAUUUUAAUAUUUUUGUUUUGGUAAUAGAAAAACAGAAGAUGAAGAUAAUAUGGAUUAUUUUGAAAUUGCAAUGUCACAUAAAUGUAGUGAUUGUGAUUAUUGUAAUGAAUGUAUUAUUACAUCAACAGGAUUUGAAUGUAUGGAUGAAAUAUAUUAUACUUUUAUAGAAUAAACAGAAAAUCUUACUAUUUGUGAUCCUCCAUAUUAUUUAAAUUUUGCAAAAUAAUGUAUAAAUUGUCCAAUUGCUAAUUGUAUUUAUUGUUUUGAAUAUCGUAUAAAUAAUCCACUUAUUAACACAUUAUUAGAUUCUUUUGUUUAAAUAGAAUCAUUAUCAAAUAUUAAAUUAGGUUGUGCAAUAUGUAAUGAUAAUUUUAUUUAUGAUUUUAAUAUUGGAGAAUGUAUUUUUUAAGUUUCAUCAAUACCUAAUUGUCUUAGAGCAUUUGUCUCAUUAAUGAAUUAAGAAAUAUGUACAUUAUCUAUAGGACCUGAAUUUGAUAUAUCUCCUGAAAUUAUUAAUUGUCAAUCUUAUAUAAAUUAAUGUUCGUAAUGUUAUAGAAUGGAUGAAUUUGAAAUAAUAUGCAUAACCUGUAAUUCUGGUUAUGUAUUUUAUUAAAAUGCUUGUUAAUUAUAUGAAGAAAUUGAAUAAAUUGAUUAUAAAGAUUUUAAUUGGACUUAAAGAGUUUAAAGUUUUAAAUAAUAAUUUUAGCUUUCAUUAGAUGAAAAUGUUUAUUAACUUUUUAAAUUUCAUUCUUCUAUUACAAAUACUAUAAUUGAUGUAUGUGAUUCAAAAUGCAAAUCUUGUAUAAUUAACUAUGAAGAAGUUUGUCUUGAUUGUGGUCUUAAUUAUUAUAAAUAAUAAAUUAAAACAAUUAUAGGUGAAAAAUGUUCUGAUUGUUCAUAAUUAUGUAGAAUAUGUUUUGAUAGAUCAGAUUAAGAAAUUAAAGUAAAUUGUAAAUUUAUAAUAGACUAUUAAUUAACAUUUUUUAAUUGAAGAUAAUACAAAAUUGUUAACUAAGAAAUGUUAUUUACCUUAGAAUGAUCCUAAUAUUAAAUUAAAUCCGUAUACUUAAACUACUAAAUAUUGUUUAAAUGGAAUUUGUAACUAUGCACUUGUAUUUCAAAGAAAAGGUAAAGGAUGUGAAGUAUCAAGGUUUAAUAAAAUUUCUAUUAAUGAUAAUGAUAUAAGUUUUCUAUUUCUUUAAUAUAUGGGAAUUGAAAUUAUAUAAUUUAAACUUUAAUUAUUCACUCCUAUUUAAUAAAAUUGCAUUUAUUUAGGUGGAUUAUUAGCUUUUGUUGAUGAAAAAUCUAGAUUAUUUAAUCUAAAAAGAAUUAACAUACUUAUCUAUACUUUAUAAUUUUUCAAUAUGUAAUUCGAUGUUGAUGUAGAAACUAGUUAAUUUGAUUCUGUUUAAUUCUAAAACUUAGGAUUUAUCUUUAAAUCUGAAAGCACAGCUAGAUUUUAAUUUGAUAAUAAAAAUUAAAUAUUUGAUUUAACUUUUUUAGAUUGUACUAUUCAAGAUAGUUAUCUAAAUAAAUCUAAAUCUGUUUUAAAUACUUUACGAUUUGGUAACAUUAAUUUUACUAAUGUUACUAUUUUAAAUACUAUUUUUGAUAAUACUUCUUUUCUAAAUCUGCCAUUAUGGUAAUUAGAAGGUAAAAUAAUAAUUAACAAAAUGCAUUUUAUAAAUUGUACAUUUUUUAAUUCAAAUGUUUUUAUUAUUGGAAACGAUUCCUUUAUUUUUACAAUAAAUAAUCUAAUAAUAGAAUUAUGCUCAUUUCAAAAUUCAUACUUUUUAAAUUUAGUUGAAAAUCUUAAUAUUGAUAAUUAUCUCACUUUUUAAAGUUUAACUAUUAAAAAUAGCAAUUUUACAAAUUCCUAUUUUUUGUUAAGUUUGUGUUAGGUAGAAUUGAAAAUAAUUAACUUUUAAUUUAAUUCCAAUAAAAUACAUUAAUCAGUCAUAUUAGGAAUAAAUUAUAAUCUUUAAUUUGAAUACAUAACAAUUUAAGAUAAUUCAUUUCAAAAUUCUCAAUUUUUAUUAAAAAGCUAAAAUAUUCUACGAAAAUAAGUAUAUUGUUCAAUAAAUCAUUUAUAAAUAGACACUAAUUCCUUUGAUAACUCAAGUAUCGUUACUAUUUUUUCUACUUAUUAAUUAAAUAAUUUAAUUGUUUCAUUUAACAAUUUUUUAAUUGAAAAUAACUUUAGAUCUCAUAAAACAAAUUUAUCAUCAUAUAUGUUUCUUAUAUAUUCUAAUUAAUUGGAUCUUAAUAACAUAAAUGUAUUUAACACAAAUGAUUUGCUUAUUUUCUAUUUUAUAGAUAAUUACAUUCUUAUUAUUAAAAAUGUUAUUUUUGAAAAUAAUGAAAUAUAAACAAAAGUUCCAUUUUCUUUGAUUUGUUUAGAAAGUUUUGAUUAGAAAAAUUAAUUAAUGUAAAUUUUUGGUUUUGUAACUAUUAAUAUUCAUAAUGUUAAAAUAAUAAAUAAAUAGAGUAUUGAUAAACCUAUUAUAGAGUUUAUCUCUAGCAAAUCCUUUUAAGAUUACACUUAGAGAGAAUUAUCUAUAAAAAAUGUUUUGUUUAAAGGAAAUAAGCUACUUUAAAAAAAUGAAGUUGUUCAUUUUUCAUUGUUAUCUAUAUCUUCUGAUAAUGCUAUAAAAAUUUUAUUUGAAGAUUUUGAUUUUUAAAAUAAUGUAAUGCAUUCAUAUGUAGAAAGCUCUUAAAGAUUUUCAGCAAGUUUAAUUUACAUAAUUUCAACUUCAAGUUCUGUAAGUAUAAAUAAAUUAACUAGUUAUCAAAAUGCAUUUACUAAUUCUACUAAUCCUUUCAUUUACUUAAAUUCUUAAGAAAUAAUUCUAAAAAAUUUUAAUAUUAAAAAUCAUAAUUCUUUAAAUCAAGAAGUUUGGUAAUCUAAUUAUGAUAUUUAAUUAGAUAGGUAAUUAAAUUAAGAAGAUAUAAAUUAAUUAAUAUUUUCAACUUAUUAAAUUAAUAAUAUUGGAGGAGUUGCAUAAAUAAUAGCUUCGAAAAUUUUAUGCUUAAAUUCUACUUUUGAUUAAAUUAUAGCAAGCAAAGGUUCAAUUUUUGAUAUUGUUACAUUAGAUUCAGGAAUUGUUAUUAUUUCAAAUAUAUAAAUAUCAUCUACAAGAAAUUAUCUAAAACAGGCAAUUGAUACUUCAGGUUGUCUUAAUAUAAAUUCAUAAAAUAGUUAUUUACAUUUAGAAAUUAGAAAUUCAAAUUUUUAUUUAAUAUUUAAUAGAAUAUCAUCUUCAAUAUUAUCUAUUAAUCCCUCAAUAUUUAGAAAUUCUAUUAUUUUGGUAGAAAUUCAAAUUCUAGAUUGUAUUUCUUUGUUUAAUUCAUUCAUAAAAGGUUAAUUUUCAAAAUCUAUAGCAGAUCUUAAUUAUGUAAAAAUUUCUAAAGUAAAUGUAAUACAAAACAAAGCAGUAUUUUAAGAUUAUAUGUAAUUAAUUGAAAGUUUAUCUUAAGCAGAGAUUAAAGAUAUUUCAAGUGAAACUAGAGGAUUUAUUUAUUUAGAAAAUUGUAAAGUAUUAAUAGAAGAAUGUUUUAUAGAGGGUUUAUAAUUAGGAUCAAUAUUAUAAGUAAUUAAUUCUCCUAAGUUAAAUAUACACAAUUUAAUUUUAGAUAAUAUAUUUGUUCUUUAUUCUUUGAAUCUUAUUGUAAUAUAAUAAAAUUUAGAAAAAAAAUAGUCAGUUUUAAUCAAUUCUCUGUUUAUCAGAAAAUCAAGAAUUUUUAAUUUAGAAUAACCUUUAAAAUAAAAAAUGAAAUUUUACUUUUAAUAUUUUAUAGAAGAAUGUAAAUAUAGUUAAAGUCAAAUAUCAAUUAAAGAAGAUAUAGAUUAUUUUUUUAAUAAUGCCAUUUUAUUACAAUAAGAAAAUAAUGAAACAUCUGCUUUAUUAUACUUUUAGAGUAUAUCACAUUAAAAUCAAAUUUAAUUAACAAAUAUCUAAUUAUCAUAAAAUAAUUGUUCAAAUUGUAUAAAUGGAAUGAUAUUUUUUGAUUUAGAUAAUUUUGCUCAUUUAAAUGUUGAAAAUUUAAUUUGUGAUUCUAAUCUAAUUCAUAAAUAUGGAUGUUUAUUAGCUUAAUCAAAAAAAUUUAUUUCUUCUAAAAUGAUUAUAUAAAAUUCUAAUUUCAUCUAUAAUUAUGGAAAUAUAGGUAAUGCAGCUAUGAUUUUAAAUAUCUAAUUAAUCAUAAAGGGUUGCAAAAUUAUUUAUAAUAAUGCAUCUGAAUCUGGUGGAGGUUUAUAUUUGAAAUUAAAUUCAAAUUAAUUUCUUAUUAAAAAUACAAUAAUUACUAAUAAUUUAGCUAAAUUUGGAGGAGGUAUUUAUUUGAAUGGAGACAGUAAUUUAAUUAAAUUAAAUUUUAUUUAAUCAUUUUUGAAUUAUAAUUAAGCAACAUAAUAUGCAAAUAAUCUUAUUGAAAUUCCAACACAUUUGACUGUAACAAUUAAUUCUUUGGAAUAACCAUUUUAUAUAGAAAAAAUAAAAAAUUCUACUGUUUCAAUUUUAAAUUUAAAACCUUAUAAGGUUAUUGAAUAAGGUAAAUUAAAAAUAUCUGAAUAGCUUAUGUUACCAAGCAAUUAAAAAAUUUUAGAUUAUUAAAUAUUUCUUAUUCAAAAAAAGAUGUAUAUUUCAUACAUUAAUUCAUUUGAAUUAAAUUUCAAAAAUAGCAAAAAUGAAAAAUUGAUUAAUUGGAUUGAUUCUUCUUGUUAAAUAAAUGAAAUUAUUAAUGCUAAAAAUUAGAGUUUAAUUGAAAAUUAAAAUGUAAAAACAAUAAUGUAUAAUAAUACUGAAAAUAAAAUAAAUUUAGGAUAAUUAUAAUUUAGUUUUAAUCCUUAUGAAUCUUCUUAUAAUUACCUAUAAAUUUAAAUAUCUUGUUUAUCAGAGUUUUCUAAAAAUAAGAUUAGUUACUUAAUUAAAACAAAUAGUUUUAAAUGUUAAAUUGGUGAAUUUUUUGUAGAUUCAGGAUGUUAAAUCUGUUAAUCAAAUUAAGGCUAUUAUUCUGUAAUAUAUGAUUCACUUAAAUGUUCAAUCUUUGAUAAAUAAAAAUUUUCAAAUAUAACUUCAAAUAUGAUAAAAUUAUUAGAAGGUACUUGGAGACCUAAUUACUUAUCGGACUAUACAGAAUUUUGCUUAAAAAAUAAAUAAUUUUGUAAAGGAGGAUGGGAAGUAGGAAAUAAUUUAUGCACUAAUGGACAUAUUGGAGCAUUAUGUGAAGAAUGUGAUAUCUAUAACAUUAGAGGAAAUGGAUAGUAUUUUAAAAAUUUAUGGGAUUUAGAUUGUUAUGAAUGUUUUGGAAAUGAUAGUAGUAUUUUUCCAUUUAUUUUUUCUAUAAUAUAGUAAAUAUAUUGAUAAAUAUUGUAGAGUAUUAUUAUCAAUUACAUUAACUUUGAAAAGUAUUGAUAGAUCAAAUUAAUUAUUUAAAUCAUUGAAAAUGUUUUAAAAAUAAAGCAAAAUUUUAUAUAAACUAAAUUAAGGUAAUCUAUAUAUAUAUAUAAAAUUUAGAUCACGAAAGUAUUCUAAUUAAAAUGUUAUUAAACUAUUUGUGGAUAUUUUCUGUUAUAUUUUCUUUUAACAUUACUUUUUAAUUUUAAUUUCAUCUUAUUACAACAACAAGUAAUAGUUUUUACAUUAUGGCAAAUAAUUUAGAUUGUUAUUUAUUAGAUUUUGGAAUUAAAUUAUUGUAUUUGAGAAUUUUUUUAAUCUUUUUUUUAGUUCUAUUGUAAUUUCAAUUAAUUUUAAUUGGAUUGUUUAUUUAUUCUUAGUUAAUAAAGUAAUAGAUGGAUAAUAGCUUACUUUCAAAUACUUUACUUUAUUUAUUUGUUUUUAAUUAUGGAGGAUUAAUAAGAAUGUAUUAAUUAAAAUAAAUAUUUUUUUAAGGUUUUGUUCAGCCCUUUCAGCUAGAAAUAUUUCUAAUAUCAAUUAUGUUUAAGGUGAUGUUUCUUUAGAAUUUGAAACAAAUGAUCAUCAAACAUGGAUUUAUAUAUUUAUUAUUCCAGGAUUAAUACUUUUUGGAGUUUUAUUACCUUUAUGUCUUUCUUUAUUUAUGUAUUUUAAUAGAUUUUAGCUUGAUUAAAUUAAACUUAGAAAACAUAUAUGUUACUUAUUUAAUGAAUAUAGUAAUAAUACUUAUUUUUGGGAAUAUAUUAAAUUAGCAAAAAAAGCAAUCAUUAUUUUAAUAACGACUUAUUUUGAAUCUUCUAUACUUUUAAAAUCUUCUCUUUUAGGAUUUUGUUUACUAAUCUAUUAAUAAUUGACAUUUACAAAUAAACCAUAUCAUAUAUCUAAAUACAAUAAUUUAGAUUUAUUAGCAGGAUAAAUUUGUUCCUUAUCAAUUUUUCUUGCUACUACUAAAUAUGUUAGUGAAGAUGCUAAUAAUUAAUUUGUAUCUGUACUACUCUCAAUUGUUAUAAUUAUUCUAUGUCUAAAAUUAUUAUAUCCAUUCAUAAUUAAUAUUGCAAAAGUUUACUACAAAAAAUAUAAGUUUUAACUUCUUAAAUUAUUCUUAAAGAUCUUAAUUUUUAUUAAUAAAAGAUCUAUAGUUGCUAUGAAAUUAAGAUAUUACAUUGAUUUUCAACAAAAUAAAGAAUAAUAAUUAAGAAAGAAUUAUAAAAUACUUUAAAAUCAUUUUACAAAUAAAAAAAUUUAUUUAAAAUUUUAACCAUAUCAUAGAUAAAUUUCAACUUAUUCAAGUCUAGAUUAAAUCAAGACUAUGCAACCAAAAAGUCUUACUAGUGCUUAAAACGAGAAGAAAUGA